AUGCAAGCUGAAGGUGCCAAGGCUGGUGUUUUGGGAGAAUCCUGCCGAGUUGGAGUAAGAAUACCCCCGUUCAAUCCUGAUAACCCUGAACUAUGGUUCGCGCAACUGGAAGGGCAGUUCACGUUGUCCAGCAUCAGCGCUGACGCCACGAAAUUUUACUACGUCCUGGCACAACUGGAACCGCAACACGCAGCAGAAGUACGAGACCUAAUAGUUUCCCCACCGGCCGCAAACAAGUUUGAUACUUUGAAGGCGGAGCUGAUACGAAGACUGUCUGCUUCCCAGGAACGAAAUAUCAAACAGCUGUUAAUGCAUGAGGAGAUAGGAGACAGAAAGCCGACGCAAUUCCUUCGGCAUUUGCAGCACCUAGCUGGAGCAAAUGUACCAUCUGAGUUCAUCAGGACAAUGUGGGCAAGCCGACUUCCUACACACCUGCAGACCUGCAUCGCCGCGCAGCAAACGAAGAUGUCACUAGAAGACUUGGCCGAGCUUGCAGACCGUGUCAAUGACGUUCUUCCUGCAACUAUGCUAGCCAACAGUCAAGUACUUGCGCAAGUAGCUAGUACGUCAUCUACACCUACGGCCCCAAUUAAUAACACCAUGGAAGCCUUAACGCGGACAGUGACAGAGCUCAGCCAAAAAGUGGAAGCAAUGAGUAUGGAGUUACGGAAACUACCAAGGCAGCCAUUAGUGGCGGUAAACGACUGCCUAGCGAUUUCGAGCCGCCUGUUCAUUACGGACCGCAAAACAAAGGUGCAAUAUCUCAUCGAUACAGGUUCAGACCUGUGCGUCUUUCCGCGAUCCGCUGUUAGGGAGCCACGAAAUAAGACAAAGUACGAGUUGUUCGCAGCCAACGGAACAAUUAUCUCUACUUAUGGCUACUUGCCAUUAACAAUCGACUUAGGACUCCGACGAGCUUUUACUUGGCGAUUCACCGUAGCCGACGUCUCGAAGCCCAUCAUCGGCGUCGACUUUCUAGGUUACUACAACCUUCUAGUCGAUUGCCGUAACCAGCGUCUCAUCGAUGGCGUAACGUCGCUCACAGUUGCUGUACCACGUCAUACUUCAACAGAGGCAAUCUCAUCUGUUCGAAAAACCAUCGACGACUGCGCUUACCAUCGUCUGCUGAGAGAGUUUCCUGACCUCACUCGUCCUGCUGGUAAGCAAAAGUUAAUUAGGCAUUCAACGGUACACUACAUCCGCACUACUCCGGGUCCACCUGUAACCGGUCGUCCGCGUCGCUUAGACCCUGAGCGCCUGAAGAUUGCAAAGCAGGAGUUCGAUGAGAUGCUACAAAACGGCACGGCGUGCAGAUCCGAUAGCCCUUGGUCUUCGCCACUGCAUUUAGCUCACAAGAAGAACGGUGGCUGGAGACCUUGCGGUGAUUACCGUUCAUUGAACGCACGCACAAUCCCGGACAGGUAUCCCAUCAGACACUUGCAGGAUUUUACACACCAGCUGGCCGGAAGUACUGUCUACUCAACAUUAGAUUUGGUUAAAGCCUACAACCAGAUACCAGUUUUUUAA